AAAUUGAAUUAUUUCUUUUCAGAUAAAAAAAAAUAUUAAAAAUGGCUUACUUGCAGUCAAUGCCUAAAUCUGAAACCAUAAAAUUGCGCGAAAAACAUCUUGGAGCCGCCUGCCAGUUGUUUUUCCGCUCAUCGCCGCUGAAAAUCGUCCGAGGCAUUGCCCAGUACAUGUAUGAUGAGACCGGCGAGCGAUACCUCGACUGCAUUAAUAAUGUGGCACAUGUUGGCCAUUGUCAUCCGCACGUCGUAGAAGCGGGCAGGAAUCAAAUGUCACUUAUAUCAACCAACAAUAGAUAUUUACACGACGAGCUCGUGAUAUUAGCUGAAAGGCUCGUCAAGACAAUGCCGGAGCCUCUCUCCGUUUGCUUUUUAGUCAACUCUGGCUCAGAGGCCAAUGACCUCGCACUCAGAUUAGCCAGGGUGCACACAAAGAGGAAAGACGUCAUCACUCUUGACCACGCGUAUCAUGGCCACCUUACGUCUAUGAUUGAUGUCUCCCCCUACAAACUGAACCUACCGGGAGGGCCAGAGAAGCCAGAGUGGGUUCACGUGGCGCCAGUUCCUGACACGUACCGUGGAAAAUACACGUACCCGAAACAUUCUCAAUCAGAAGAGGAACUAGGGAAGAUGUACGCCGACGAAGUUGGCCGGAUCUGUAAAUAUAUCUCGGACAAAAACGGCGGCGUGUGCGCCUUUAUAGCGGAAAGUUUGCAGAGUUGUGGCGGCCAGAUCAUCCCGCCCGAUGGAUACCUGAAACGUGUUUUUGAAUACGUGCGUGAAGCGGACGGAGUAUGCAUAGCUGACGAAGUGCAAGUGGGCUUCGGGCGCGUGGGCACCCACAUGUGGGCGUUCGAGACGCAAGACGUUGUGCCCGACAUUGUGACGAUGGGCAAACCGAUGGGCAAUGGGCACCCGGUUGCUGCUGUCAUCACAACACCAGAGAUUGCUAAGAGCUUUGCCGAUACCGGAGUGGAGUAUUUUAACACGUACGGCGGUAACCCGGUGUCGUGUGCAAUUGCUAACGCUGUCCUGGACGUGAUAGAAGAGGAACGUUUGCUGGAGCGAGCACAGCGCGUGGGCAACCAUCUGCUGACCCGCUGCGAGAAGCUCAAACACAAGCAUCGUCUGAUCGGUGACGUCAGAGGGCGAGGACUUUUCGUUGGAGUGGAAUUAGUCACCGAUAGAGAGACGAGAACACCAGCGACAGCGGAGGCAAAACACAUUGUGAAUAGAAUGCGUGAAGAAAAAAUAUUGAUAAGUCGCGACGGACCAGACAGUAACGUGCUUAAGUUCAAACCGCCUAUGGUGUUUUCAACACAAGAUGCAGACAGACUGGUGGACACGUUAGACCGAGUGAUGGCUGAACUAGACGGCAGCAUACCACUCAGGAACAUCAAACUAGAGGUCCUAGUUACACCUCUCGACGAAACCUCAAGUACGACGGAUUCAAUGUUACAAAGUAAUAUGGCACAAAGUGUAAAAGCGAUGUAAUUUUAAUGUAUAAGAAAUCUCCAAGUAUUUUCG